GACUGCGAAAUGCGCGAGGAGGACAAGGGCAUGCUCCGUGGUGGCGGCGACGGCGCGGGCCUGGCCAACGCCUCCGCGCGGGGGCAAGUGGACACUGUGCAGCAGCUCUUGGAAGCCGGUGCGGAUCCGAACGGAGUCAACCGCUUCGGAAGGCGCCCAAUCCAGGUCAUGAUGAUGGGCAGCGCCCGCGUGGCCGAGCUGCUGCUGCUCCACGGCGCGGACCCCAACUGCGCGGAUCCCGCCACCCUCACCCGACCUGUGCACGACGCCGCCCGGGAGGGGUUCCUGGACACGCUGGUGGUGCUGCACCGAGCCGGGGCGCGGCUGGAUGUGCGCGAUGCCUGGGGCCGCCUGCCCGUGGACCUGGCUGAGGAGCGGGGCCACCGCGAUAUCGCCCGGUACCUGCGCGCAGCCGCGGGAGAUUGA